AGCAAGCAGCCUUCUGGAGCCUACAUCUUCAGACCCAACUCUUCCACACCUUUCAUCAUCAGCCGGACGGCCAAGACGGAGAUCAUUAAGACGUCAGUGGUGCAGGAGGUGAGGCAGUGGUUUGCUCCCUGGGUGUCUCAGGUGGUUCGUCUCUAUGCUGACAGCAGAGCUCUGGAGCUCGAGUGGACUGUGGGACCUGUGCCGAUAGAUGACAGCCUGGGGAAGGAGGUGAUCACUCGUCUGGACACCAGCAUCAAAACCUCUGAAUAUUUCUACACUGAUUCCAACGGCAGAGAAGUUCUGCAGAGGAAGAAAGACUUCCGGCCCACCUGGAACCUGCAACAGUCAGAGCCCAUUGCUGGAAACUACUACCCAAUCAACUCUCGCGCUUAUAUCAAGGAUGAUGUGGACCAACUCACUGUGGUAACGGAUCGCUCUCAGGGUGGAGGCAGCAUCCAGAAUGGUUCACUGGAGAUCAUGCUCCACCGCCGGCUGCGCCACGAUGAUUUCCGUGGUGUUGGUGAACCUCUCAACGAGAUCUCUGGCAUCUUCCCAGACGGGCUGGUGGUCCGCGGCCGCCUCCUGCUCACCCUCGAUCCCCCGCAGACUGCUGCCGACACGCACCGCCCCCUCGCAGAGGGGAUGGUGUUGCAGCCGCUGCUUACGUUUACUGAUGGAGAUCUGAAGCCAAACACUCAGCUGGAG